UCCAAAGCAUGUACUGCCUGUCCACUUUCCGGGUCAGACAAGGUUGACCGGGUGAUAAAUGAUCGAGAGCAGUAAUUCGAGUUUUGUCAUUUACGGCGGACAUGCUAAUCCGACCGAUCGAUUCACCGCCUCUGCCAGCGACGCAUGUUCAUCUGCAAGCCUUCGUUGCAACUUGCUACGAGCACAGAGGAUUUGACUGGUGGACGCGUCCCGAGGCAGCCGAACGAGAGAACUUAUAUGUCCUUUCCUGCUGAGCUUAUAGUGGAUAGAAAACACAGACAGAAAAACGUACGACUUUUCUUGCUGAGCUUCAGUGGAUAGAAAAUCCAGUCAGAAAACAUCCGACCUUUCCUGCUGAGCUUCAGUGUAUAAAAAAACAGACAGAAAACAUCUGAACUUUCCUGCGGAGGUUCAGUGGAAAGAAGAUUCAGACAGCGAAAAUCUACAAGUUUUCUUUAUGAGCUUCAGUGGAUAGAAAUUUCAGACAGACCAUUCAUUCGUGUAAGGAGAACGGACGAAUUUGCAGCGAUGGCGACCUCCACGCUUGAGAUACCGGCGCCUGUGAGCACGAAGUUUUGUUAUGACCAUGUGGACAAGUUUUCGGUGGAGAAAUUUGCAUUGACGCAGUAUAGUAGUAGGUUUACCGCCAAAUAUUCGGAGGAGCGAACCUUGUUUCAAAUAGAGCACAAGAAGACCAAUCAUCGCAACUCCACGUAUACCGUGUGCGAUUCCAUGGAGAGGCCCCUUGUCCAGGUGUCUAAGAAGCUAGGGGAGUGGCGGCCAACAUGGGAAGCGAUAAGGGCAAAUGGUGACCAGCAACCAGUGUUUGUCAUGAAGAAGUCAAAUUUGAAUCCGCUAAAUAAAAAUUUCGAUGUUUUCCUGGGAACAAACAUUUCCAUGAGCAGGCCCGACUUCACAAUAAAACGCGAUUUUUUUUCUAACAACUACACCAUCUGCUACAAAGACAAGCCCAUAGCCCAGGCUACUCAGCAACGAAACUUUAUGAGGACACUUUUCAAUGUGAUAAUUCAGCCUGGAGUAGAUCGAGCUUUCAUUACCUCGUUGGUUGUGAUUUUUAUAAUAAAGAUUACGGAAAAUGAUCCUUUAAAAUAGCAGUUGCUUGUUAUUUACAAUUGUUUAUAGAUGUUUGUAUCGGAUAACCAUUGUGGCUCCAGAGUCCACGGCCAUCAGUGUUGUCAUUUUGAAUUCCAAUAUCUGGUCUCAAUUUUGAGACUGAAAACUGUAUGUAAAAUUUGGAUCCAG